AUGGAGAUCGUUCCCAACUCGUUCCUUGAGAGAGCUCCCGUCGGCGCGUCUUUCUCUUGGAUCAGGACUAACUUUGCAGAAUGCCCGCAAGGGGCCGACGAGGACACUCGGAGGACGUACGCCCGCGUGUACUUGUGGUACAUGAUUUCGAGGACUCUCUUUCCUGACAGUGGGGGGAAGCUGGCCCAUUGGUGUUGGCUGAAGGCGCUUACGGUGUUGGAUAACCGGUGGAGUUGGGGAACAGGGGCACUUGCCUACCUCUACCGGCAGUUGGACGAAGCUUGUCGCAGGACUGGGAGCAGGACUGGGAGCAGCGGUAUUGGUGGAUGCAUGCUCCUACUUUCCGUAUGGAGCUGGGACCGCCUAUCAGUUGGGCGUCCCAGGGUACUCACCGAGAGGCCAUGGCCUCAUCACCCUCACAACCCUGAUCGGGAGCCCACUUGGGCAUACCUUUGGGACAAUGUCUCGGAGAUGACGAGCGAUCCAACGGUCAUGUACAGGCAGUACACUGCGGAGUUGGACACUCUUACCGCUGAGCAGCAGUGCCCACCUCAGUGGCAAGACACGGACAAGGCGCUUCAUAGCAACUACCUCGAGUGGUUCCAUGAAAACACGCGUAUCGAGUUAGUGAAGCACGCGUAUGCUGAGGACAUCUUGGACGACCCCAUCCAGUUCGAUGAGGUUGGGCAAAGCCAGCACGACACCUUUGCUCGCAGAGGGAGAUCGACUUCUAUUGCUUCCGAUUCCUGA